AUGGACAACUCCGGAAAAGAGAAGGAGGCCAUGCAGCUCAUGGCCGAGGCCGACAAGAAGGUCAAAGCUUCCGGAUCCUUCCUCGGAGGGAUGUUCGGCUCGGCCAACAAAUGCCUCCUGAAGGUGGGACACUACAGCGCUCAGCUGGAGCAGUACCCGAAAGCAAUAGAAAUCUACGAACAGGUUGCGAUGAGCACCAUGGACAAUCCUCUGCUGAAGUACAACGCGAAAGAGUAUUUCUUCAAGGCCUCGCUGUGUCACUUCAUAGUGGACGAGCUCAACGCCAAGUUGGCCAUAGAGAAGUAUGAGGAGAUGUUUCCAGCCUUUUCAGACUCAAGAGAGCUCAAACUGCUAAAGGCCCACGAGGAGCAGAACAGCGAGGCGUUCACGGAGGCCGUGAAGGAGUUCGACUCCGUGUCCCGCCUGGACCAAUGGCUGACCACGAUGCUGCUCCGCAUCAAAAAGACCAUCCAGGGAGACGCCGGGGACCUGAAGUAG